AUGACCACGAUCGUCCGGGACUUGGAUAGACCUGGUGCGAAGAUGCACAAGAAAGAGAUCGUCGAAGCCGUCACUGUCAUUGAGACUCCCCCGUUGAUCGUCGUUGGCCUCGUUGGCUACAUUGAGACUCCCCGCGGUCUUCGAUCCCUUACCACUGUGUGGGCAGAGCAUCUUGGAGACGAAUUGAAGCGCAGAUUCUACAAGAACUGGUACCGGUCGAAGAAAAAGGCUUUCACCAAGUACGCAAAGCAGUACUCGGAGAACAAGGCCACCUCCGUCACGCGUGAACUGGAGCGCAUCAAGAAGUACUGCACGGUUGUUCGUGUCCUCGCCCAUACUCAGAUCCGUGAAACUCCUCUCAAGCAGAAGAAGGCCCAUUUGAUGGAGAUUCAGAUCAACGGUGGCAGCACCGCAGACAAAGUCGAGUUCGGCCACGGUCUGUUUGAGAAGCCCGUCGAGAUCGAUACCAUCUUCGAGCAGGAUGAGAUGAUCGACUUGAUUGCCGUCACAAAAGGUCACGGUUUCUCAGGCGUUACCAGCAGAUGGGGAACCAAGAAGUUGCCCAGAAAGACACACAAGGGUCUCAGAAAGGUCGCUUGUAUCGGUGCCUGGCAUCCGUCGCACGUGCAAUGGACAGUUGCACGUGCCGGUCAAGAUGGUUACCAUCACCGUACCUCCGUCAACCACAAGGUCUACCGCAUCGGCAAGGGCAAAGACGAGAAGAAUGCUGCCACGGAUUUCGAUGUUGUCAACAAACAGAUUACACCACUGGGUGGCUUCGUUCGCUACGGCGAGGUCAAGAACGAUUUCGUCCUUGUCAAGGGCUCUGUUCCCGGUGUCAAGAAACGAGUCAUCACUCUGCGCAAAUCCAUGUUCCCUCACACCUCCCGCAAAGCUCUCGAGAAGGUCGAGCUCAAAUGGAUCGACACUUCGUCCAAGUUCGGCCACGGUGCCUACCAGACUCCCCAGGAGAAGAGACAAUUCUUGGGUACUCUCAAGAAGGAUCUUGUUGCUUCUUCGUGA